AUUUUGUUAAUGCAAGUACCCUUCUAACGUUUGCCUGCCACGUAGCUAGCAAUUGAUAUAGACUCCAUGCAACAUUGUUGCACACUUGUUAGUCAGGCUUGUCUAUUUAGUUUUGUACUCUGGAUUUAUCUAUCUAUCCAACCAGCAACCACUGAAAUGUUACUCCUAUCUUUUUGGUCAAUUGUUUCGUGCUUUUUGUAUGUGAAUGGCGCUAAACUACCCGAACCAGAGGUGAAAAUUGAGGUUUUACAUAAACCCUUUAUCUGCUUUCAGAAGUCGAAAUAUGGAGACCUACUUCUUGUGCACUUCGAGGGAUUUCUGGAGAGCAAUGGCACCAUGUUUCAUUCCAGGUGACUUGUUGAAAUCGAUAUGGAAUGCUCUGUUGAUUGGAUAAGUUUCCGUUGCUUCUUGCUGCAAUCUUACAGUCUACUAACCAAUGGUCAACCAAUCCAUCACACUCGAGAGUUGAAUUGCCCACCAAAUGAAUCCCUCUGAUCACACUCCCAUAACAACGGCAUGUUUGUGGACAUUGACAAUCACUGUGUUUGUUUGUUUUUCUGAUUGUUAAACCGGUUGGUUAAAGGGAUAGUCCAAUCAAAAACUAUAUUACGGUAUUUUGUUAAUUAGUCCACUGUCAAUACAAUCCUAAAAAUGGUGCAUGUCAGCACUGUAAUGACGCGUUUUUGCCCGUGAACCAGAGGAGGCUGGUGGGAUAAGCUAUAGGAGGACGGGGUCAUUGUAAUGGCUGGUAUGAAAUAUAUGGAAUGGUAUCAAACACAUCAAGCAUAUGGAAACCACGUUUGACUCCGUUCCAUGAAUUCCAUUCCAGCCAUUACAAUUAGCCAAUCCAUCUAGAGCUCCUCCCACCAGCCACCACUGGCAUGAACUAUCCCUUUAAUUUAGCGGUUACUGAUUUUUCUUUAAGAACACUAUGAUGGAUCUGUGUGACUCUUGGCAGCCGUAACCACGGGGAUAAACAGCCAGUGUGGUUCACCCUGGGGAUCCAAGAGGUGAUCAAGGGUUGGGAUAAGGGGCUGAAGAACAUGUGUUCAGGAGAGAGGAGGAAGCUCACUAUCCCCCCAGCUCUGGCCUAUGGCAAAGAGGGAAAAGGUAUUACACAUGUGUUGACAUAGGACUACCAGUAGCCUAAUGCUUACCGAAUCCUUCAUACCCAAUUACAGAACGUUAGCCUACCGGUACAAGAGGAAAAUGUGUGAUCUCCUGAGACACUGAAAUCCAUAAUUACUUUAAUUGGCUAGGUGCUCCUUUUGUGUCAAGGGUCAAUGUCAUCAGAUGCAUCACAAAUGGGACAAUAUUCCCUAGUGCAUUACUUUUGACUAGAGCGCUCUGGACGGAAGUAGUACACUAAGGAAUAGGAUACCAUUUGGGACACAGACGACAUGUCAUGUUGCUCAGGUUUGUUUCCAGGCAAAAUCCCCCCCGAGAGUACGUUGAUCUUUGACAUUGAGAUCAUGGAGAUUCGGAACGGUCCCAGGUCCCAUGAGUCGUUCCAGGAGAUGGAUCUCAACGAUGACUGGAGGCUCUCCAAACCAGAGGUAGGCAUCAGAGGACUCUACACAAGGCAGGGAUUAGUGGACCCUCGAGUCACAAACUACAUGGCUAACCUCACUCCCCAUCUUGAAAUGUCACGUAUUUGCGAGGCAGAGGAUCCCUGGUUUGAGCUCAGUAAGGGACAGGGUACCUAGGGAAGUAAGUGAUACUGUUAAGCAAGCUACAGCGAUACUGUUACACCAGGCUAAACUCAAUCAAGCCCAGUAUUUGAACCCAGGUCUAGUGUUUGUUAAUCUCCUGUAGGCAGAUUAUUUUACUUCUGGGUUAAAGAGAUUAGGUGUUUGUUUAUGUGAGGGUUUUAUGUUCUCUCUGUGACAGGUGAAGGACUACCUAAGGAAAGAGUUUGAAAGACAUGGCUACCAUGCUAAUGACACGCAUCAUGAGGCGAUGGUGGAGGACAUCUUCAAGAAGGAGGAUGAGGAUGAAGAUGGAUUCAUAUCUUCUAGAGAGUUUACCUACAAACACGAUGAGCUGUAGAAGUCUGAAUUUUAUAAGGUUGGUUCACAGUAGAUCAAGCGACUGUCUGUGGAUAACGUGUCGUUAGCCCAAGUAUAAACCAGCCUUUACUCCUAUUAACAUGUCAUUUCAUUUUCACUAUGUUCAAUCGGUCUUGAAUUUACAAUUAAAGUGUUCUGAGGAGCGCUCAGGGUUUACUGGCAUAUAUAUUUAGGAGAUUUUGGUAUUUUUCAGGGAUUUGUGGGUAUGAAAUUGCCUUGAAUACGUAUCAUAGAGAACACUAAGUCCAUCCACCGCAUUUAUGCCCAAUGUGACCCAUGUACAGUUAUUUAGAUUCAUUUAAAUGAUUUUCUGUAUAGACACAUAGUCUUUAGUCUUUAGUUCAAGUACAAGGCUGAUGGUGAAUGAUGGGGUCACCAGUUUGUAAAGUAUCAUACAGUAUUUCUAAGAAUAUCUGUUUGUCAGCCACUGAAAUAAAAUGCCUUUUCAUAAAACUCUCAAGAGUCAUGUACUCUUUCUUUUUCACCGCAAACAUGGCCAAGUUGCAACUGCGCCACCAAUGCCUUUAGGGAGAGGCGCUUAUAGCAGAGUACAGGAUGAUCAGUAGAGGGCGCUCUUUCUCCUGUUUUCAUACCAAAACCCAAAGUGCAGAACAACUCCUUUACUUACUUGCAGAAAACAGUUAAAGUUAAAAGGUCACAGAAGACCGUUCCAUCACUAGUAUUUGUCCCCCUAUUUCACACCAUCUGUAACACAGGGGUAAAUAAGCAGAUUACAUAGAGCAAAGGGGAAUACAGUAUGAAGGAAUGACCUGGUUCAUCCUUUUUCAACUCAGGUUCACGCAGAUGUACACUACCGUUCAAAGGUUUGG